ACGUAGAGGCAUGGAUGAGGGGUUGUGCUGCCAAGUGUGUAGUUUUGUUGUUUUGUCCUAGGCCGAAAUUUCACUACCCUUUUAUAUAUAUAGAUGUUCCCUCACUUAUUGCGAAGGUUAGGUUCCGGGGCGGCAUAUAAUGUAGUAAAUAAAAUAAAAUAAAAUAAAGUAACCCAUGUAAAAAGCAAAGAAGGAGAGGCAGGAUCUUUCAGCAGGGGCUGGACGGCCAUCUGUCGGGAGAGCUUGGGCUGGGUCUCCUCCGUCCCUUGGGACUCUCUCAGGGAGGGCGGGGCAGGGUGACGUCACGGAGGAGGGCGGGUCCUCGUGAUCCUCAGGCGUUGGGCUCCACGCGCCCCUUCGGACGUCAUUUCCGGAGGCGGGGCGAGGAGGAUAUUUUGGAGAGUUGAGGAAGAAGAGGACGACAGAUGCACAUCCUGAACCAAUCUUGUGAAGAAAAUGUUUUGUCAGCUCUGCCAUAGGGAUGCCCUAAGUCCGAAAUAACAUGAACGUAGACUGCUGCGACAACAAUAAAGAAAUAAGUAGGGGGGAAAAUUAAAAGCCACGCACCUGUGAAAUCAAAGGGGAAAAGAACUGUUGUGAUGAAGAGAGAAUUUUGAAAAAGGAAUCAGAGAGGCUACAGAAAAAUCUGAGACUGAAAAGAAUUACCGUUCUGUUGAAAGAGUUUAUUUUGUGAACUUCUGACAUAACAUGUGAAUCAAAAUUACAAACAAUGUAAUAUCCUCUACAUCCCUCUCCCAGGGGUUAUAUAAGCAUAUAGAAUGUGGGAAAUAAUUAAGAUGGAGGAGUGUUCUUCAUAUCCAUCAAAUAAGUGCUUCAGUCAGAGUGUCCAGUAGCAUUUGCAUCAAAAGAUCCACACAUGGAAAAAGCCAUAUAAAUGCAUGGAAUGUGGAAUGAGUUUCUGUCAUAGUUAAAAUAUGCGUUCCCAUCAAAAGACCCACACAGGGGAGAAGCUAUAUUCAUGCAUGGAAUGUGGAAAGAGCUUCAGUAAGAAUGCAAAUCUGCGUUGCCAUCAAAGGACCCACACAGGGGAGAAGCCAUAUAAAUGCAAGGAAUGUGGAAAGAGCUUCUCUUUCAGUGGAAGCCUGCGUUGGCAUCAAAGGACCCACACUGGGGAGAAGCCAUAUAAAUGCAUGGAAUGUGGAAAGAGCUUCUCUUUCAAUGGAAGCCUGCGUUGGCAUCAAGGGACCCACACUGGGGAGAAGCCAUAUAACUGCAUGGAAUGUGGAGAGAGCUUUAGUCAGCGUGAAUAUCUGCACUCCCAUCAAAGGACCCACACUAGGGAGAAGUCAUAUAACUGCAUGGAAUGUGGAGAGAGCUUUAGUCGACGUGACUCUCUGCGCUCCCAUCAAAGGACCCACACUGGGGAGAAACCACAUCAGUGCAUAGAAUGUGAAAAGAGCUUCUCUACCAGUAGAGGUCUUAAGUCCCAUCAAAGGACCCACACAGGGGAGAAGCCAUAUAAAUGCAUGGAAUGUGGAAAGAGCUUCUCUCAAAGUGGACAUCUGCGUUGCCAUCAAAGGACCCACACAGGGGAGAAGCCAUACAAAUGCAUGGAAUGUGGAAGGAGCUUCACUUUCAGUGGAAGUCUGCAUUGCCAUCAAAGGACCCACACAGGGGAGAAGCCAUAUAAAUGCAUGGAAUGCGGAGAGAGCUUCUCUAUCAGUAGAAGUCUGCGACUCCAUCAAAGGACCCACACUGGGGAGAAACCACAUCAGUGCAUAGAAUGUGAAAAGAGCUUCUCUACCAGUGGAAGUCUUAAGUCCCAUCAAAGGACCCACACAGGGGAGAAGCCAUAUAAAUGUAUGAAAUGUGGAAAGAGCUUCAGUCAGAAUCAGAAUCUACGUCGCCAUCAAAGGACCCACAUUGGGGAGAAGCCAUACAAAUGCAUGGAAUGUGGAAAGAGCUUCUCUCAAAGUGGACAUCUGUGUUGCCAUCAAAGGACCCACACAGGGGAGAAGCCAUACAAAUGCAUGGAAUGUGGAAGGAGCUUCACUUUCAGUGGAAGUCUGCAUUGCCAUCAAAGGACCCACACAGGGGAGAAGCCAUAUAAAUGCAUGGAAUGCGGAGAGAGCUUCUCUAUCAGUGGAAGUCUGCGACUCCAUCAAAGGACCCACACUGGGGAGAAACCACAUCAGUGCAUAGAAUGUGAAAAGAGCUUCUCUACCAGUGGAAGUCUUAAGUCCCAUCAAAGGACCCACACAGGGGAGAAGCCAUAUAAAUGUAUGAAAUGUGGAAAGAGCUUCAGUCAUAAUGAUAAUCUACGUUGCCAUCAAAGGACCCACACUGGGGAGAAGCCAUACAAAUGCAUGGAAUGUGGAAAGAGCUUCUCUGACAGUGGAAGUCUGCGUUCUCAUCAAAGGAUCCACACAGGGGAGAAGCCAUAUAAAUGCAUGGAAUGUGGAAAGAGCUUCUCUGUCAGUGGAAGUCUGCGUUCUCAUCAAAGGAUCCACACAGGGGAGAAGCCAUAUAAAUGCAUGGAAUGUGGAAAGAGCUUCUCUUUCAGUGGAAGCCUGCGUUCUCAUCAAAGGAUCCAUACAGGGGAGAAGCCAUAUAAAUGCAUGGAAUGUGGAAAGAGCUUCUCUUUCAGUGGAAGUCUGCGUUCUCAUCAAAGGAUCCACACAGGGGAGAAGCCAUUUAAAUGCAUGGAAUGUGGAAGGAGCUUCUGUCAGAGUGGAAAUUUGCAUUUGCAUCAAAAGACCCACACAGUGGAGAAUCCAUAGAAUAUCUUGGAUUGUGUGAAGAGCUACACUCUAGAGUUCUGCAUUCCUGUCAGUAGACUUACUUUCAUUGUGUGUAACUGUAUGGCAGGGGCUUGGGUGGUCCUUGUAGUCUCUUCCAGCUCUAGGAUUUUAAGCCCCACACAGAGAAAAAAACCACAAAAAUGCAUGGAAUUUGGAAAGAGCUUCAGGGAUGACGGAGCAGGCAUCAGUGAACUCACAUAGGGCUAGCCGAGGAGUACUCUCUGUGACUUUCCAAAUUGUCCCAAUAUGAAGCUCUACAUUUUCUCAGGCCACUUCCACACAGCUGUUUAAAAUCCCACGUUAUCUGCUUUGAACUGGGUUAUAUGGCAGUGUGGACUCAGAUAUCCCAGUUCAAAGCAGAUAUUGUGGGAUUUUCUGCCUUGGUUUCUGGGUUAUAUGGCUGUGUGGAAGGCCCUCAGACAAGUGUCCUCUCCCUUCCAUGCUUAAAAGGAUAGAACCCCUUCUCCCCUUGCAACCAUUGAUAGUGUUUCAUCACUACUUGUAGCAACAAGUCCAUUAGGAUACGAAGCAUCUCUCUCUAGAAACAAGGAAAAUUUUCAUGGGUAAUAAAAUGAAUAUAGCAUAUUUCAUCACAUAAGAGUCACACUUUCUCCCUUUCUUUCAUUGGAAAAGGGGGGGACCACUAUUACAUGAGGAAAAAAAUCUGUUGGUUUUUAAAAAUAAUAAUAAACGCCUUACUACUGAAAGGGGAGAAGGAGUGGUGAUCCAGUCUCAAACAGUUCAGUUUGUUUCUUGAACUAUAGCACUAUUUGGGGCUGAUUUCCCUUCCUCCCUUCUCAAAAGGCAAGGCAAUUGAAAACCUAUGAAAUGGGGGUCUCUGGAGCUGCACUCUUCCCCUCUCCCUUCCUUUUUCUGAAGCAAGGCCACUUAGAAGAUCUGGAAUAGAGGUUUUUGGAGAAAGAAAAGAGGGAAGAUCUGAGUUCUAGACACUUCCAUUUCUAUUUUUUCUUUAAAAAUCAUUUGCCAAUGAGAAAGGAGAGCAGAGUGGAUCUUCAGAGACCUCCAUGUUGUAGUUUUUAAAUUGCUUUGCCAUUGGGGAGGGAGGGAGGGAGGAAAGAGAAAAUCAGCCUCAGGUAGGAAGCAACUGUUAUUCCAUUUACAUUGAAAGAGAAGGCGGGAAGAAAGGUUAUUGUGAUCAGUACUGCUGGUGUUUUUAAAACCAUGACUAAACUUGCUUUUCAUCCCAGCAUGCCAAUGGACAAGAUGUUAAAAUCACAUGAAUGUUGGGAGGGAAAAGGGAUUACACCACCAUCAGCUUCCCAUGGCCCUUUGACAGGAUGGCCGUUUCGGGUUUUUGGAGGGUUUUUUCCCGUGUCAGGAGUGACUUGAGAAAAUGCAAGUCACUUCUGGUGUGAGAGAAUUGGCUGUUUGCAAGGACAUUGCCUAGGAAAGGCCCGGAUGUUUUACCAUCCUGUGGGAGGUUUCUCUCAUGUCCCCACAUGGAGAUUUAGAGCUGACAGACAGGAGUUCACCCCACUCCCCAGAUGCGAACCGCUGACCUUUCGGUCAGCAGUCGUGCUGGCACAAGAGUUUAACCCAUUGCCCAACCGGGGGGCUCUUAUGGAUGGCAUGGGUAUCCCAAGGCCAGUUGGGAAAAGAGAAAGAAAAGAAGGGGGUGAAAUGGUGUACAAAGGCCAGAAGAGGGGGAUCCCAAGACCAAGUUAUACAAGUUGAGUGUCCUUUAUCCAGAAAUCCCAAGCAUCUCUGUUAUUUGCUUUUAUGAUGUUUUUGUUGUAUUUUUAUGUUACGUAAUUGGGGCCCCUGGUGGCACAAUGUGUUAAAGCGCUGAGCUGCUGAACUUGCGGACCAAAAGGUCCCAGGUUCAAAUCCCGGGAGUGGAAUGAGCGCCCGCUGUUAGCCCCCAACUCCUGCCAACCUAGCAGUUCGAAAACAUGCCAAUGUGAGUAGAUCAAUAGGUACUGCUCCGUCGGGAAGGUAACGGCGCUCCAUGCAGUCAUGCCGGCCACAUGACGGAGGUGUCUAUGGACAACGUCGGCUAUUCGGCUUAAAAAUGGAGAUGAGCACCAACCCUCAGAGUCGGUCACGACUGGACUUAACAUCAGGGAAACCUAUGUUAUGUAAUUUUGUUGCUUUUAACCACUGUACGCAGCUUUGAAUCCCACCCAUGGAAAAAAAGUGGUAUAUAAAUAAAUGACUAAAUAUUCAACAUUGCAAGCAAUUUGCUAGCAGCUCCUUGCAUAUGGCUACCUUCCUCCUCUGCCAGCCAAAAGCACCACAUCUCUCCUUGUUGCUUCAGCCAUCAUCACCCUCUCCUCUGCCUCCAUCCCUCGCUCAAAGUAAAUGGCAACACGAAAUCCCACUCCCAUCACAUGCAGAACUGUAUUGGCCUACUUGGGUGGUGGUGGCAUCACAGUAGCAGUGCACUUUGAUCCCUGAUUGUUUUUUCAGUGGGGUUCCUUCUCCUUUACCACCUUCACUACCAGAGAGCGAUUCUAACCUCUGGUAAGACUCAUGAGUAAGAACACUUGGAAGUAUGAGUGUGUGUGAGGGAGAGCAGGCAUGAGAGGCCUCUCUCUACACAUCUCUUGCACCUCACAUUUUCUUUUUCCAACUUCCCCUACCUACAGGGUCUCCCCCAGCCCAGGUCUGUGAGGAGUGCAGCCUCAACUGUGAAGAACCUUCUGGGAGCUCAAGGGUGCCUUAGUACCUAGUGCUGCUCUUGGAAGGCCAGGGGUGCCUUUGCCCAGCUUCAGGCACUAUGCCAGUUUCCUGGGAAGGGCAGUUGGGGUUGUAGUAAUUAAUUACCUCUAGAUUUUAUUACUGCCAUGUGCUCUGUAUGGGGUUGUCCUUGAAAAAGGGACAGGGGUUGUAGCUAGUGAAAUAUGUGACAGCCAAAGUGCUUUGGGGUGGACGAGACUAGAAAACGAAUUGGCUCCCUGUUUGAUCCUGAGCUUAAUUAAAGGACCUGGUUUUGUCCCACAAAGCUCCAAAUGGUUUGAGGCCAGAAUCCUUGAAACGCCAUCUAAAGGGAACCUUCAAUUGAGAAACUGAAAUCAACAGGCAGAUUUAGAUUUGUCUUUUAUGAUUGCAUGUGUAGUAUUCGCCUAGUAGAGUGGUUGUUUGGGACUGUAGAAUUGUUUUAGAUUGAAACAUUAAUUUUGAUAUUGCUGUGGGUGGGGCAUUGUCAUUUCGCUUUGUGUAAUUUGUUGCUGUGUAUAUGACUUCAUUUUUGUUUGAUUGUAGAUUAGUUUUCUUGAAUAAAAAUGAACGGUUUAAAAAAGAGAUCACCUCCCUGCUAUGAACAUGGCUGAAAUUCAAGCUCAUCCGCUUUUGCACAUCCUUCCAUCCAGUGAGGUUAAUAUGACUUUGGGUCAGGGCCUUCUCAGCAGCAAUAGCAUCUAAAUACAGAACAUAUGCCAUCCAAUAGUCACCAUAGUUAAUAAUCUAGAUCUAAUGUGGUCUAUCCAAUUCAAUUUUCUGAAUCGGCACCCCGAAUAACCCAAGGAACAGGCCUAAAAAUGAAGACACCAAGAAAAAAAAUAGUUGGAAUGUGUUAUUCAUAGUAAUAACAGUGAGGUCAUGGACCAUAUUUUAGUUCUUGUGAACCACUGGUGGUCCACAGACCAUAGGUUGGGAACCACUGCUCUAGAGUUCCUGAUAGGCAGCUGACACUGGCAUUUAACAGGGGAUUGGUCCUGUACACUAAGGCGCAUGCUCUGGAUAUUUUGAACUUUAAAAAAUAAUCUGAUUUUAUAGCCAUUUUGAAAGUUUGUCUUAAAAUGUCUCGCAGUCAUAUAUAUAAUGGAGUUUUUAAAGUUUUUAUCUGCCAUAUAUUGCCUUAAAAGUCCUUGAUAAACUGAGAAGCAACGAACAAAUUAGUCAAUAUAACCAAAAUACAGGCAGUCCCCAAGUUACAAACACCUGUUUUACAAACGACUCAUGGUUAAGAGCAGAAGUGAGAGAAUAGGAAGUGACGUAAAUUAUGAUAUUCUUACCGCAGUAUUACUCCUGUUUUAUUGUCUUACUGUGUUUUUGUUUUUUUGUAUAUUGUGCAAUGUAUUUAUGCUGUUGUUUUUGUAAAUUUUGGAGGCCCGGUGGCAAAGUGUGUUAAAGCACUGAGCUGCUGAACUUGUGGACCAAAAGGUCCCAGGUUCAAAUCCCGGGAGUGGAGUGCGCCCCCGCUGUUGCUCCAGCUUCUGCCAACCUAGCAGUUUGAAAACAUGCCAAUGUGAGUAGAUCAAUAGGUACUGCUCCAGCGGGAAGGUAACAGUGCUCCAUGCAGUCAUGCUGGCCACAUAACCUUGAAGGUGUCUACGGACAACGCCGGCUCUUCGGCUUAGAAAUGGAGAUGAGCACCAACCCCCAGAGUCAUACAUGACUGGACUAAACAUCAGGAGAAACCUUUUCCUUUACUUUUUGUAAAUUAUGCUGGUCAGGUCUUGCCUCAUGUGAGCCGCCCCGAGUCCCUGUGGGGAGAUGGUGGCAAGGUAUAAAUAAAGUGUUUUAUUUAUUAUUA